UAGGAAUGAGAGUGUAUAUACAUUCUUAUUCCCAAACCUAAGCAAAACAAGAGUUUAGCGGCCGUCGUAACACCGUUCAUCCGUCGCCGUUCAGACUGUGAAAAUGCCUCGCACCAGCACUCUUGAAUGCCCUGGUUGCCCUCCGCUUCGUGCUUUAACCUUUGACACACUUGGUCUUAUCAAAGUUGUUGAAUCCCGUGAAAAACAAGGAGGUCCUAAAGUAGUAGAGAGAUGGGGUGACCCUGAUGCAUCAAAGUCUGUUAAUGCUGUUUCAAUCAUUGAUCGAAAAUCUAACCCAUUAGUAGCUGUAGCAAGGAAAAAUGGUCAGAUUGAGAUUUUGAGCCCUGUCACUGGAAUUUCUCAAGCUACAAUUUCAAACGCCAACGAUUUAGAUGUUCAGUCUGAAGAGAAUAGUAUUAUUGGCUUGCAUCUAUUUGCAAAACAAAAUCUUGAGUUAGAUUCGAGGGAUUAUAAUUUACUUACAUGCACGAGCAAAGGGAAUGCGAGCAUAAGGUCCAUUGAAGUUCCUGAGUCAGCGACAGGAUCUUCCAGUACCAAUUCUUCAAAAACCUGGAAUGUAUGUAAUAGUGGUAACAUUUUGUGUUGCAAGGUAGACGGAAAUGAGAAGUUUGCUUUAUUUGGAGGGAAAGGCGUUGAAGUCAAUAUUUGGGAUCUUGACAACUGCACAAAGAUCUGGAAUGCCAAAUCUCCUGCUAAAAACAGCCUUGGUAUAUUUACACCUACCUGGUUCACAUCUGUUUCAUAUCUAAGUAAAGAUGACCAUAGAAAAUUUGUUGCUGGCACCAAUAACCAUCAGGUUCGCCUAUAUGACAUAUCUGCUCAGAGGAGGCCCGUUCUCUCUAUUGAUUUUCGUGAGACACCAAUUAAAGCAUUGGCUGAGGAUAUAGAUGGCAACACAAUCUAUUUAGGGAAUGGGUCUGGUGACAUGGCUUCUGUUGAUAUACGUACAGGAAAAAUGCUAGGAUCUUUUACCGGAAAAUGCUCUGGAAGCAUCAGAUCAAUUGUCAGGCAUCCCGAUCUACCUGUGGUAGCUUCAUGUGGACUGGAUGGCUAUUUACGACUUUGGGAUACAAAUUCAAGGCAGCUUCUUUCUUCUGUUUUCCUUAAGCAGCAUAUUCUGCAUGUUCUUUUUGACUCCAAUUUCAUUGUUGAAGAUACGCCUAAAGGAGCGGAUUCUCUACCAAGCAAGGAAGAAACUAUAGAAGAGAUCUCAGAUGAGGAAGAAACUAUAGAAGAGAUCUCAGAUGAGGAAGAAAUUGAAGCAAUACCUUUGAAAAGAAAAAAGUCUUCUAGAAAUAAAGAAAACGUGAUAGAUGGUAGUGAAAAAAGAAAAGAGUUAAGGAGAGUGACAAACGCAAAAAAACCAAAGGAAAUGAUGGAAAUAAGAAGACCACAUCAAAAGACAAAGGAAGCAAGUUAGCAUCCAAGAAAAAAAAGAAGAGCCAAUAUGAAAUUCCAGAUGAAGGGUUGUGAUUUAGAUGGAUUUUAUGCUAUGCGAUAUAUACAACGAUGUAUCAAAACUAAUUUUGGGGUGCGAGGUGAUGAAGGUGAUACAAGUUCUAGCAGGAAUUUGCGUUUGGCAGUUGGAUCAGCUUGGAGGUUACUUUGUGGACAAGUUACUAGGCUGGUUAGAUUAGUUCAAUUGUGGAAUUUUUAUGUAUGUGACAAGUUUAUCUUAAAUUAUUCAACAAGGAAGUUAGGGUUUAGGCAUGUCUCAUGGUUCCUUGCAAAAUGUUUAGUAUUUUGCUUUGCAGCUGUUGGCUUGUGGACAAUCUUUUAUCUUAGGAGUGAAAAUGAUUUUCAAUCCCUCUUCAUUAUACCAUCAAUUUUGUUUUAAGUUUA